AUGCCACUCUAUUCAAAGUUUUUGAAGGAUCUGCUGACCAAAAAGAGUAAAUAUAUCCAUAGUGAUAAUAUCAUAGUGGAAGGAAACUGCAGUGCUAUUGUACAAAGAAUCCUUCCACCGAAACAUAAGGAUCCAGGGAGUGUCACCAUCCCUUGCUCUAUUGGUCCAGUGUUAGUUGGUAAGGCCCUCAUUGAUUCGGGGGCCAGCAUUAAUUUGAUGCCUCUCUCCAUGUACAGCAGGAUUGGAGAGCUGGAAAUUAUGACAACAAGAAUGACACUGCAGCUGGAAGAUCAUUCUAUUACAAGGCCUUAUGGCAUGAUAGAAGAUGUUCUAGUCAGGGUGCAGUAG